CGAUUCAGGAAACUAUUAUUUCUCUGUUUAUAUUCCUCUUUACAUCAUCAGCUGGAGGAGCCGGAGUUCUACAGACACUGUCCCUGUCCCCGAGGAGUGCUUCAUGGUCACCCAUCCGAUACAGCACUCCCAUGAAAAGAAAAGCUAGUACUCCCCUGCGUCCCAAACGCAGCAGGUCGGUCAGUGUUGGCGGUGAUUGUGCUCCAGAGCCGGGCAGAGUGCUUAGCUCCAAUGCACCACCAAACUCUGACACCGUCCCAGAAUCGACCUCGCUCAUCCGACACCUGAGCAUGUCGAGGCACAGUCACAACCUCCUCAAGUUUUUGGAUGAGGACCGGAGCCGGGGGAAGUUCUGCGAUGUGUCUGUGUCUGUGGGUGGAACGAUCUACAGAGCCCACAAGGUGGUGUUGGCUCACGGGAGCAGCUACUUUCACGCUGAGCUGUCCAAGAACCCUGCAAUGACCAAUGUGACUCUGGACCACGUGGAGGACUCUGUUUUCCAGCACCUGCUCGACUUUUUGUAUACCUCCGAGUGUGUUGUCACAGGCACUGACCUCCCGGCUCUAAUUGAAGCAGCACGAUUCCUGGACAUGAUGGAUAUACUCAAGAUGCUGUGUAAAGAAGGGGAGGUCCACCCUGUAAGUGUGAUCCAGGCCCAGGCGGAGAUAAGAGCUUCUUCAGAGGUAGAAAUGACCUCCAGUGACUCACCAGCAGGCAACCCUGACGACCAGAGCCCACUUGAGCAGAGCAACCUGUGCACUCGCCAGUUUAAUGCAGAGAACUCUGUGCAGAGCCACUUGAAUGGGAGUCACGGGGAUGCACAGCAGGAAACCCCGACAGAGGGAGAGAAGGCAGAAGGUCAGAGGACUGUUCUCACACGGAGAUCAGCUCGUAGGAGGAGAACACCCACUAAGUAUAAGAGAGAUGAUGUGGAGGGCUUUGUCAACACACCUGAGGAAACACAGAAGAUUUUAUCACACAGCGAGGGGCACAAAGCUAGAGAAGAGGAAGCAGGAAAUGGGGUUGUAGAAAAGCAGACGUCCAAACCGAGCUUGAAAGAGGCGUCUAAACCAGCUCUCGACGAUGACGUGGUGGACGAGGAAGAUGAAGCGGAGGAGGGAGGAGACGCGAACGAGGAUGCGGCUGCCCAAAAGACAGCCGCUGCAGACAAGAGCGCCAGUCAGCAGGGUCCAGAUGGAGAAGGGUCAGAGUGCCUCGGUGUUCGAGAGGUGGAGGUGCAGGCGCCCGCGGCAGGAAGCUCCAACCAGAGCCCAGUGUACCCUGAGGGUCUGGCCCCAGUCAUUAUCCAGAGGUCCAGCAAGAAGAUUCUCAUGUGUCCCAAAUGUGACAAGACCUUUGACCGUGCAGGGAAGUACGAGAGUCACACCAGAGUGCACACGGGCGAGAAACCGUUCCAGUGUGACGUCUGUUUCCAGCGCUACUCCACCAAGUCGAACCUGACCGUGCACAGGAAGAAGCACGCCGGCGACGCUCCCUUCCAGAAGAAGGAGCACAAAUGUCCCUUCUGCAACAAGCUGCAUGCCAGCAAGAAAACCCUGGCCAAACAUGUCAGGAGGUUUCAUCCAGACAACAUCCAAGAGUUUCUCACCAAGAGGAAGAGGAAGAGUGAAGGCUGGAAAUGUGCUAUUUGUCUGAAGACCUUCACCCGCAGGCCUCAUCUGCAGGAGCACAUGAUCCUGCACACACAGGACCGCCCUUUUAAAUGCACCUUCUGUGAUGAGCACUUCAAGUCGAGGUUUGCCAGGCUGAAGCACCAGGAAAAGUUCCACUUAGGUCCGUUUCCCUGUGAGAUCUGUGGCCGACAGUUCAAUGACACAGGCAACAGGAAGCGACACAUUGAGUGUACUCACGGAGGCAAGAGAAAGUGGACCUGUUUUAUCUGUGGGAAAUCAGUGCGGGAAAGGACAACGCUGAGGGAGCAUAUGAGGAUCCACAGUGGGGAGAAACCUCACCUGUGUAGUAUCUGCGGCCAAAGUUUCCGUCAUGGCAGCUCCUACAGGCUCCACCUCCGAGUACACCACGAUGACAAGCGCUACGAGUGUGACGAAUGUGGGAAAACCUUUAUACGCCACGAUCACCUGACCAAGCAUCAGAAAAUACACUCCGGUGAGAAAGCACACCAGUGUGAGGAGUGUGGGAAGUGCUUCAGGCGUCAUGAUCAUCUGACUGUCCACUACAAAAGUGUUCAUUUGGGAGAGAAAGUCUGGCAGAAGUAUAAAACUGCAGUGCACCAGUGUGAGGUUUGCAAGAAGGAAUUUAAAGGAAAGUCCAGUUUGGAAAUGCACUUCAGGACUCACUCAGGUGAGAAACCCCACAGAUGUCCUGAAUGCCACCAGACGUUUCGGAUCAAGAAGACCUUGACAAAGCACAUGGUGAUUCACUCGGACGCUCGUCCUUUUAACUGUCCACAGUGCAGCGCCACCUUCAAAAGAAAAGACAAGCUCAAGUACCACGUCGACCAUGUGCACAGCACGCGAUUCACCGGGCAGCCCGUCAGCGCCCUCAGCGAGGACAAAAUGGCCUCCGUCCCCUUUGAGGACACCUCGAAGGCGUAUCGCGCCGAGCCUAAGUCGGCUCUUCAAAGCGGCCCCCUGCCCGCAAUGAAUGUUUGCGUGCCAGUCACUUUAGUUCCUAUCCAGACGGCAGGAGGAGCACAAGGUGAGCUGAACACAUCCGGAGCGUCGUCUCUCCCCUCCCAGACUCAUAAUGUCGUGAGCAUGCAGGCUCAAGGACAGCAGCAGAACUCCGGCUACCAGGCCGCCACCGACCUGGCCUUCUUAGAGAAGUACACCCUCACCCCCCAGCCCACCAACAUCGUCCACCCCGUGAGGCCUGAUCAGAUGCUGGAUCCGCGAGAGCAGUCCUACCUGGGCACGCUACUGGGACUGGAUUCAUCUUCCUCUGUACAGAACAUGUCCAACUCUGACCACAGGCACUGAUGCUCCUUACUCCACUGAGUCUUAAAGGAACCCAAUCAUUUGAAUCAGAAGAACAAAACCUCAGUAUUCACCACUAAAGUAUUGAUCAUUUUGAGCUGGAGCAGCUUUUUGAACUGUAAAUGACUCAAGUUAAGGCUACAUCAACACAUGUCUUCCUUUGAAAAAGCAUCAACUCUGCUCCAGAUACACCUGCUGUCCACACUGUUCCUGAGUCUUAGAAUUAGAGCCACUACAACUGAGACGUCUGGAAACACUGCUGACUACUUUUUAGUCUGAGACGUUUUGAAACAAGGACGUAGACACUAGGGCUGCACGAUAUAUCGAAAAUGUAUCGUCAUCCCGAUAUCAACCUGCGUGAUAAAUUGCUUGAACUGCGAUAAAUGGUGUUCAAAGCGCCACGCAAACAGGGUGGAUCUAUGGAUUUAUACCAGGGCGUUUUUCAAUUUAUUUUUGCCCAGUAUAAUAAACAAUGACAAAUACCACUUUAACUAAAAGUGAAAAUGACAAGUUUGGGAACAGUUUGAUACCAGUAACAUGGUCACACAUACUUUUCUGCUGCUCAGAGUCUCUCAAUCAAAACAAUAACAAGUUUUGCAUGGGAUCAUGGGAAUUGUUGUCGUUACCACCAUCGUCACCACUUCUCUCAGUUUCCUCCUGGUUAAGAUUCCUGCAGUGUAAAUAAAUCAUGAGGUUUUUAGCUGGAGCCGAAUCAUCCACAUUAACAAUGUCCUCCUCCUCCUCAACAAAUAGACCCGUGUCUAAUGGUUUUAAAGCAGAAAAGUUGCAUGUAAUACAUAUUCACAGGUUAAUUAGAACAUAACAGACAUUACUAGGGAGGAGAUGUAAAGUGGGUGGUCUUACUUUGUAAUGUGUGUACUUUAAAAAACUUGUUUUACUCAUGCAGUGUAAUUAUGAGCUAAUUAUCUAAGUGUUCGAAGUUGAUGAUGCACUUAUUUGGCCAUUAGCAUUUCUACGACCUGAACAUGCUCGAAAUCUCACAAACGGUUGCACAUGCAUCACUUCUGGCCAUUAAUCUUUUAUUGUACAUGUUUUGUUCAUGUGUGAGAAAAAAUGGCUUAAUUGCGCCGCCCAACAAUUUUAACAAUUGAAGCGUUCUGCCUUAACUUUGAAUUGGAACCUUCAAUACUGCACACAGCUUAAAUUUAAAUUAAAAUGGUAAAUCAUAUGAAAUAUGAUUAAAGCAAUUAUGAACAAUUUCCAACUGUGAAAUGAUUGAAUUUCAGAGGGUAGUUGAAAAAAGAGACGAAUUAAAUAGGAGUCCUGUGUAAAAGUAUCACUUGCUCCUCGAGGAGGUGUUGCUGUUUUAAAGUGUGACGCAGCUGUUAUGUUUUUAUUGUCUGUCAAUAAAAUCAGAUGUGAAUGAA